AUGUCAACGGCAAUGGACAUCGCAGCAACGUCAACAACAAUCGAACCGCCGCUCUUCGACUCGGGCAUCGAACCGCUCGAAGGGGCGUCCGGCAACACUGCACGCACCAUCCUGGUGGCCCUGUGCGUGGACGCGAGCACGCGGGAGAAGGCCCUGCGGAACUACUACAGGCUCAUGCACUACGAGCAGCAACUCUGCGGACAGGAGAUCAUCCGCAACGCCAGCGCCAUCACCACCACAAUGGGCUCAACCAAGAGGAAAGCCGUCGGGGAACCAAAGAUCUGUCUCCAGUGCGAUGAGAUCUUCACCGAAGACCAGAACCAACUAGGCGCUUGCUGGUACCAUUCUGGCGAGCUGGAACUAAUGGAUGAGAGCGCCAUCGACCGUGAGCCGGCGGAAAUGGCGCUGUACGAUCUGGACACGGAGCCCAUCCGCGCCAGACACCCGGAGGCGUUUCGGUGGUGUUGCUGCCGGAAGACGGGCAAGGCACGCGGCUGCACGCCCGGCCGCCACGAGAAAACCAAGGCCAAAGUGCUCGACCUCGCGAGAAAAUUGAAGCACCAGGAGACCCUUAGGCAAGUGCAGGCAUCCGCCAAGCCAGCCCGACCGCUUGCCAUAUGUGUUGAAUGUCGUGAAGCAUUUGACCCCAAUACUUCUGGUCCGCGUGACUGCUUCUAUCACCCAGGCUAUCUGGAGGUCGACGAUGAGGGUGACUUUUGGGCGGACCAUGAUGAAGACUGUCACGGUAAAAUUGAUACUGAUGAGAUGCGUGAGGCGUUCCCUGACGGCUUUAGAUGGGAUUGCUGCGGCCAGACUGGAGACGCAGAAGGGUGCCACCGGGGCUCACACCGAUCUGAUCAAUUUGGGGGAAAGUACGGCAUCUCGGCGGAUCAACAAGUGGUUAACAAGCGCAAAGCUGAUGACAAUUUUGAUGUCUCGGUCCCUGCCAAAAAGUCUUGGGGAAGAGGCGCCUGGUAA